UUUUUGAACAUGAAAAAAAGUUGGUUUUUCUCUCUCGCUUUUAUUUUCCUGUGUUUCUCUGCCUAAAAUGCUGGGAAUAUGGGAGGAAGAAAAUGGAGGGUAGAAGAGAAAGAUUCAAUAUUUUGCUUUAGGAGUUAAAAAGAGUUGAGCUAAAAUAAAAGGUACUUGGAGCUUAUUCUUGAGUAUUAGCUAGUAGUUGGGAUCUUUCCUCUCUGUCAUAAUUAUUACUGGGUUUGGAUCUGUCUUUCUCAAGACAGAUGAAAUCGAAGGGCUUGCAGAAAAAUGAGGUAUCUGGUCAGUUUCCAGAGUCUGGUGCAAUCUUCAUGGCGAGUUGCACUACUUUCGGAGAGUGUUUGGAAAGAAAGAUAUUUGCACUUUCCCACUCUUAUGCUGAUUUUGUUAGGGAUGUAAAGCCUGGGAUGAUUUUAUUUCUGUUUGAAUAUGAGAAGCGAGAACUCUAUGGUGUUUUUAAGGCAACUUCUAAUGGCGAGAUGGAUAUCAUUCCUCAUGCAUUUACUUCAUCUGGAAGGCAAUUUCCUGCACAGGUUCGAUUUACCACAAUUUGGAACUGCCAUCCUCUUUGUGAAAAUGAGUUCCGAGACCCAAUCAAGGAGAAUUACUUCACUCAUAACAAAUUUAAUUUGGGUUUGUCUCGAGAUCAGCAGGUCAAUAUGCUGUUAAGUUUGUUCCAUUGUAGAAAGGUGGAAGAUGCAAAUGUCCAAAAUUUAACAUGUGACAAGAAACGGCAUGUCAAGAAACAUCAUCACAAGUUUGUUAUAGAAGUUGAAGAAAUGGAGAAACGAAAUCCAAAUUCCCGAAGGAAAUUAUCUUGUGGAAACUUAGAUGUGGUAGGAAGUGAUUGCAGCACGUUAGGACAUGAAUCUGCUAUGAGUAAUUUUGGUCGGGGAAGUCAAUCUAUUAUGCAUAGAGAGGAGCCAGAAUACUUGCAUGCUUCUGAGUAUCUCAGAACUGGCCUUGGAAAUUCCAUACCUUUGUCCCUCCCUAGCCAUAUAUCAUAUUACAGUGAACCUAUUUUGUAUAGAGGGGAGCCAGAAAAUUUGAAACACUCUUAUGAACAUCUUAGAAGUGACGUCGGAGAUUUGAUACCAGCAUCCUUCACUGUCAAUGAGCCUAGUAUCUAUAGAGAGGAGUCACAAUACUUGAAACACUAUUCUGAAGAUUGUAGAACCAACCUUGGAGAUUUCAUUCCAACUUCCUUAUCUUUCAAUCAGCCAAGUAUCUAUGGAGAGGAGCCAGGAAACUUAGUACACUUUUCUGAAGAUCUUAGAACUAAUUUUGGAGAUUACCUACCAUCGUCCUUUCCAAACAAUCUAUUAGAUUACAAUGGAGAUAACAGUGAGGUUUCUGUAGUGAAGAGAUCUGGUGUGUUUGCUCGCUUGGGUAAGGUUUCAGAGUCUGUUAGGCGGGAUAAUUCUGUCUUCUCAAGGUUGCAGUGGGUAAAUGGUAAGCAGAACAAGAACGCAAGAAAAACCAAACAAACUGUUCCAGUAAAAAAUGACAGUUGCAUAGUGGACAAUUCUAUGGAAACAUGGUCGGAUGUAUUGCAGGAAAAUGACCUCCGGAAGACAUUGAUAAGAGAACCUGUAGUUUCAAUUCGGAAACAUGAAUAUGAAGAGCAAUAUAAGAAGGGUAUCCAGAUGGAUAAAAUCCCUAAGAGAAGGGAUCCAACCAAUGAAAGAGACUGUAGAGAUGGUUUGACGAUGAUGAGAAGAGAACCUGUACUUUCAAUUUCUAAACAUGAAUAUGAAGAGCAGUUUAAGAAGGGUGUCAAGAUGUGUGAAAUGCUGAAGAGAAAGGAUACAACCGAUGAAAGAGACCAUAAAGAUGGUUCAAAGAAAUUGAUAACAGAACCUGUAGUUUCAAUUUGGAAACAUGAAUAUGAAGAGCAUUCUAAGAAGGUUAUCCAGAAGGGUGAAAUGCUGAAGAGAAGGGAUGCAACUGAGCAAAGAGACUUCAGAGAUGGUUCAAAGACACUGAAAAGGGAACCUGUAGUUUCAGUUAGGAAACAUGAAUGCAAAGAGCAUUUUAAGAAGGAUGUCCAGAUGGGUGAAAUGCUGAAGAGAGGGAAUCUAACUGAGGAAAGAGACUGUAGAGAUGGUUCAAAGAGCAAUGGCACAUUUGAACGUCAACCCCGGAGAAAAUUAAUCAGGCCAUCAUUCUAUAAUUCAACUGAUGUUCAAACUUUCGGUCCUACAGGCUGUGUUAACAUGCAAAUGCCUUCUCAAGAAAGCUCUGCUGGUAAAGAAGACAUUGAAAAUUGUGAGGAAUCCAGCAAAACCAACAGAACUGGUUGUGAAAACAAAAUGUCUCCGGCCACUUGGUCUAAAGAUGACAACUUGACUUAUCAUGAGCUGAAGUUGGGAGAGGGUUUUGGUGACAGACUGAACUCAGGUUUUGAGACUGUUACAAAGACAUUGAAAACCUAUAAACGUCGUUCAAAGAGGUCUUAAAGUCUUUAACUAUGGUGAUUGGUUCUUUUUGGCUGUUUAGCAUAGGAAUUGAUAUAUAGAUGAGCACAGGAAUGGAUGUGAUAGAAAAUACAUUCUUUUUUUUUUUUUUUUACCACUUUGGCUGGGCUUCCAUAGGAGUUGAUCCAGUUGAGCAGGGGUAGAUUUGUUUUGUUUUUUGACCACUCGGCCAAGCUUUUGAAAACUGUAACUAGGCCUCGAACGAUAGGAUAUCAAAUCAAAUCAAAUAUGAUUUUAGGCUGC